CUUUAAUUUACUCUCACAUUUUUUCAUAUAUUUAUCUGCUAUCACCCUCUGCUCCAGCAAUGGCUGUUUAUAAUCCGCCGAUGCCGUAUGUUGGUCCUAUUCCUGGUGGACUGGCACCUGGUAGCACGUUAAAUAUUUCUGGAACCUCAAGUCAUUCAGCUUCAAGAUUUGCUAUCAAUCUUCAAUGUGGACCCAACAUAUCACCUAGAGACGAUGUUGCCCUUCACAUAGCCCCAGAUUUUAUUCAGAGCUGUGUUCUCAGAAAUUCGAUCACAAAUUUUAACUGGGGCAUUGAAGAACGCCAUGGACAUUUUCCUUUUGUCCGAGGUCAGCCUUGGAAUGUAAUCAUAUUGUGUGAGGCCACUGGUUUUAAGAUUGCUGUCAAUGGUCAGCACUUCACAGAAUUCCGACAUCGAAUUCCAUUCCAAAGAAUAUCCCAUGUGGCCAUCGAUGGAGAUACAGUGAUCUCUUCAAUCCAGUACCCUGUGGGGUCUGGAGGUAUUGGAUUUAUGCCUCAGCCGUCUGGAAUGCCUUACCCCAUGAAUCCAGGCAUGCCAACUCCCAUGUCAAAUCAAAUGCCUGGGUACAAUACCCAGCCUAAUUCAUACCCCUACGGAAGUCAACCUCAGCAUGGAAGCCAUUCUCCUUAUGGUGGUAGUUCUCCAUACUCCCAGCAUAAAUCUCCGUAUCCACAGCAACCUGGAUCAUAUGUGCACCCAGAUCCCAACUUACAGAAACACCACAACAACAAAGGUUUCCUCUCCAAUGCUGGUGCAGGUCUGGCUGGUGCAGGCUUGGGUGCUGGUCUCCUAGGCAGUGUAUUAGGACAUAAACAUGGUGGGAAAAUUGCAGCUCUUGGUGGUGGCCUAGCGGCCGGUGCUCUAGGGAAAAAAGCUCUAAAAGCUCAGAAAAAACAUGCAAAAAAAGCGUUGAAGUUUGGUCUACCAGUCGCUGGAGUUGGGCUUGGGGCAUACGCUUUGCAUAAAGGAUUCCAUGGUAGCAGCUCCAGCUCAAGUAGCAGUAGUAGCAGUAGCAGUGAAGAAGAAUAAUAUUUUAUGUUACUUGCAGGUCAAUAAAUUAUUGCUAAGAAGCUUGUAUGAGGUUAUUAGGGUCAAACUAGUAUCCAAUAAGUUUUAAAAUUGCAAGCAAAAUAUUGAGAAAUAUCGGAUAUUUUUAUUUUAAAAAAGUGUUGUAUUAGCUCCAGCUGUCAGUUUCAUUAUGUUUCUAUCAGAAAUAAUUCAAUAAUUUUAAAACGAAAGUGGAUAGUUCCUGAAAAGCAGAAUGAUGGCAUUUGUUUAAUGAGCAUAAGAUGAAUAUGCCCUUUGAAUGCUCUAAUUUUGUUCUCUAAGAAUCCUACUUUUGCUGAAUUUCCUUUCUCAUUUGUGAUGAAGAUUUUAUGGUAUCUAUAGCCACAACUGGUUUGGCGGUCUAAUAUUUAAAUCACCUGUGUGAGGAAAAAUCGAAAGUUCCUGUAAAUAAGGUCAAUAUGGUCAUAAUUCUAUCCAUAUUACCAAAAAAUCUAACUCAAUGGAAAUCAAAUUGAAUAAAAUUUAGUAUGUUUUUCAUAUUUUGUACUCUAACUUUUAGUGAAAAUUAAAGUAACCCUCAGUAUUAAUUUUUAGGGAACUAAGUGCUAAUAACAUAGAAUCACCAUUUAAAAAUUUGUUUAAUUUAAAAUAUAAAAUGAAACUUUUAACAUUUAUUACUUUCAAUACUAAUGAAAAAUUUUAAUUUUUGUACUAAAAAUUAGUUAAGUACCUAGCCGUUUGGGCACACAGGAAACCAUUUGCUCACAUAAGUCAGGUUUGCAAUUCUGGAAGACUUUCAUUCUUUGUCCAGCAUUUAGCCGUUUCUUUUUGAGCCUGUCUUUGUUGUAGUUAUUUGCAUUUCCUGAAUGAGGAGUUCCAAAAUAACUUGUGACAGUUCUCUAAACUUUCGUUCAUGUAAGACAACUCUCUAAAAUUAGGGGCAAAAGAAGGCCAAGUAUUAAAAGCUUCCCGAUUGAUUCUGAUCUUCCUGAGUUCUUUAGUAUUUUUAAUGUUUUGAUCUAAAAAUGAACGCCUACUGUGCCAAAAUCAAUCAAAACGUUGGAAUAGUUUUUCACACUUCCCAUACUAUCUGAAAAAUACAUGAAGUCAUUGAAUUAAGAGUUCACUGUCUCAUAAAAGCUCACACUCUUCGUUUUUGAAUCUGGAAAGCCGAGUCAAUGAUUCAUUUUUAUUUUCCUCUUGUCGGAUUAUGCAAGUCUGAAUGUUAAAUGGAAGGUUAUUAAAAGCCUAAGUAAAUGGAGUUUUUUUUUUUUAUUCCUAUUCAAAUUGUAGGAAAUGGUAUGCCUUAAUAUACAGUCUGAAAUAAUCAGGUGAUUUUUAUAGAUUGUUUUUUAACUGUAGACAUGGAACAAUUUGUGUUUUACUAAGCAGGAUUUUAUAUAUUUUGUAGCCUGUUGAACUGCGAAGGGCUUCCAAUUUUUCAAUUGUCUUCAAUGAAAUAGGAUCGAUAUACUGUAAAACUCACACAGUGACCAAAAUUCCCUCCAAUUAAAAAAUGUCCCUCUCAGUAAAAGAUAUUGGCUUUUAUAUUAUAUUGCGGAAAAUGACAUUGAAGGUUACCCAGCAAUCUUAACUGCUGUAUUUGCCUCUCAGUACUUUAAGUUGCAGUCUGUUUUGUUUUAGUUUAAGUAUUUUAUGCAGUUGACGCAUCCAUUAUUUGUUACCUUGAAGUGUGUCAAAUAAUUGACAUGUCCUUAAAAAAUCUAUUGAAGUGGAAGGGACGAUGGGUAUGAACCCAUUUUUUUUGUUAUGCUGUUUUGCAUGGAAUCGCAUUCAAUUGUUUUAUGAGCAAUCUCAUAGUGUUAUUAUGCAUAAGAAUAUUUCAACUUAUUCUAAAAUCAUGCCAAGGUUGGAAUCAGAAAAUGUUAAAUCUACUGAUGAAUAUUCCUCUUCUUUUUUGUUGAAACUUAAGGAAACCCCCCUCGUAAGAUACAGAGGAACAUCAAUCGAAUGUCCCUGAAUCUAAAAUCGUGAAUAAAUCAUUGGCUUUUAAGUCCAAAAGAAUGCAUUUUGUCUCGAUUCAACCCCACCUGAAAAUUCUGUUGAACUAUAUUUAAUUUUUUUAGUUUAUUUUUGUAUUUGUUAUUUUUGUUGGUAAUAAAUAUUUAUUUUGAUUUUUAUUA